CAAAACCAUCACAGCGCAUUCCUGGGCAGCGCUCAGCUGCCAACAUCUGAUUAAAACCAUCUCUCUCGCUGUGAGUGGCUAACUAAACAGAGGCUACAAAACGGCUGGAUAUUUAAGCGGGCCGAGAGGGUCAGUCCGUUUGCCGGCUGCGGUGCGCGGAUCAUGCACAGAGCGGCUUCGAUCUAGUCUUGCCAACAUAGUAUGUUUGUUCACUGAGGAUUGCUAACUGGGUUCCAGUUGUGUUAUCAAGUGCAAGCAUUUCCUCCUGGAGUUGAGGCUGGCUUCUCACUAUGUCGAGCGAAGCAGAAACAGCGAGUGUCAACAGUCAGCCUGCCCAGCAACAGACACCUCUAAAAGUGCAACCUUCCAAAAAGGAGAAGAAGAAAGGUGUGGAGAAGACAGAAGAAUUCCUUUUGGCCAGAUUUCAAGGUGAUGGUGUAAGAUACAAAGCCAAACUGAUUGGAAUUGAUGAUGUUCCAGAAGCAAGGGGAGAUAAGAUGAGCCAAGACUCAAUGAUGAAACUAAAGGGAAUGGCUGUAGCAGCCCGCUCUCAAGGACAACACAAGCAAAAGAUAUGGGUGAAUAUCUCUCUUGCUGGGAUCAAAAUCAUAGAUGAGAAGACGGGGGUUAUUGAGCAUGAACACCCAGUCAACAAAAUCUCCUUUAUUGCUCGGGAUGUGACUGACAACCGUGCCUUUGGCUAUGUUUGUGGAGGAGAAGGGCAGCAUCAGUUCUUUGCCAUCAAAACAGCACAGCAGGCUGAACCACUAGUUGUAGAUCUUAAGGAUCUGUUCCAAGUAAUCUAUAACAUCAAGAAAAAAGAAGAGGAUGACAAGAGAAAGAAUGAAGAGGCCAGUAAAACCUGUGAGAAUGGCGGUGAUGAAGCAACUACUGAUCAAGCUGGCAAGAUCAAGCUGGGUGUUGAGCAGAUGGAUCUGUUUGGAGACAUGUCCACUCCUCCUGACCUGAACAGCCCCACAGAGGAGAAUAAAGAGAUCCUGUUAGUGGAUUUAAACUCUGAAAUUGAGGUCCUUCCGGCUUCUGUCAAGGGGGAGGAUCUUUUCUUGAAUGACAUCACACCUUCCCUACCAAUGCCAAAGCCGCAGCCACCUUUCUUGCCUGAAAAUGCUUUCUCUGCAAACCUCAGCUUCUUUCCUACCCCCAAUCCUGACCCUUUCCGUGAUGACCCUUUCACGCAACCUGACCAAUUGGCACAGCCCCCACUUGAUUCUUCUCUCCCAUCUGCCAAACAGAAGAUGGGAAGCGUGACUAGCCCCCCCAUGGGGAACAGCGGGGUGAAUGGGGAUGUAGACUACUUUGGGAAACAGUUUGACCAGAUUUCCAACCGGACUGGCAAGCAGGAAAUGCAGACCGGCCAGUGGCCACCUGAGAGUAAGCCAGUGCCACUAGCAGGGACGACUCCAAAUGGAGUACCAGAGAGAGAACAGAAUGGGUUUGCUGCCAAAUCCCCACUCAAUGUCUUCAUGGAGAGCUCUUCCAAAGGACUUCCCGUGCAAAAUGGAUUACGGCUAGACUCCGAGAGCAACAUCUCACAUGACUCUAUAACGAUUAGCCCACCUCCACAAAGUACCAAGCCAGGAAGAGGAAGAAGGACUGUUAAGAGCACAAGUAAUGAUUUGUUUGGCUCAGAUAUAUUUGCUCCUGGACAGAAUGCAACAGGUACACUGACUUCUGCACAGCAGCCAUCACCUGUACAAACCAGUCCUCUAGACCUUUUCAAGGCCAGUGUUCCCACGUCAGCUUCCAUGCCUGUACUGGGUGGUUUGCCUACUGCACCUUCCCCAACACCAGCUUGGGGCUCCCAACCUGCGGUCUUCGGCCAGUCACCUUCAGUCUUUCCUGGCUCUGUUUUGGGUGCCCGGUCUGCAAGCUUUACUCCACCUCUUGGUUUUGGUGCCACUCCGCAAGUUCCAAGCUGGAACCAGCCUGCUUCCUUGGGAGCACCAUCCCAGCCUCCAGCCCCUGAUCUCUGGGGUCAGCCUGCUAGUGUGUCUCCUCCUAACGCUUGGGCACAGCCGUCUUCCACUGGCAACCCCUUCCAGGUCAACCAGUUCCCAUCAACACUGGCCACCCAUCCUCCAUCUGUGCUGUCCCCCAUGUCAUCUGCAAGUCCGCCGCCGCCUCAGCUCCCUCCCAGAACUGUGCCUCCAAAGGAGCUCACCAGGAAAGAGAGUGAUGCCUUCACUGCUCUGGAUCCACUUGGUGAUAGAGAGAUAAAGGAUGUGAAAGAGAUGUUCAAGGACUUCCAGCUGACAAAGCCGCCUGCCGUGCCUGCAAGGAGGGCAGAGCAGCAGCAAGUACUGCCAAAGCCUGUUCCCAGGCACAAUGCAGGACCGUUUACCAAACCUGCUGGAGACCGAUUUGAGAAUCCUUUUAAGAUGGACCCUUUUGCUGCUCCCUCACAAAGUUCAACUACAGCUCCACAAAUGCUGUCUUCUGCUCCAUUUGGCGACCCUUUUGGAAAUCCCUUUGCAUAGCCUUGAUAGUCCAUACAGUGAACUUCAAGACAACAGUGUUGUGUAGCCAGUCCUGGGAUGGUGACACUCUCAUUGUUCUUGACCAGAAGUGAGUGUAAUCAACAAGGGAAUUACUGGACUGCUAUGACAAAUUCCUGUCUUCACUCUGCAUUAUCUGCCUCAUUCUUCAUCCACAUUUGGAUUGCAGUUUAUUCCAGGAAGUCCUUGGAUUCCAGCUACCUGAAGCCAAGGAAGGAAUUUGCUAGAGACCAAACUGGAACUGGUAGUGAACUUCUCCUCAUAUAGAUUUCAGUAUUUGAACACUCUGGUGUUUCCUAGUCCUUCACUCUCACUCCUGUCAAGGCUUGGAAGCACUUAACUGUAAAAUGAACAAGAAACUAAAACCCUUCUACAUGAAACUGCACGAGGUUUGAUUCACCUUCACUCAAAGGAAAGAGGACCAGGAUCUGAACUUUCACCUCUGGGUCACCUAGACCAUAAAACGGUCAAGUACUCUUUAGAUACUUCCUAGUCCUACUGCAAGCUUUUCAAAGUUCCAACACUCAAUUUCCCUCCCACCUAGAAUGUCAAGGUGAAUGUCUGAAUUACAAAAUGGGCAAAUACAAAUGUGUUUGGUAAGUUCUGAACAGCUCUAAUGACGACACAGUUAAAUGGAUCUUCAGAUACUCUUGAAAAUAUCUUGUCCAGGAUGGCUGAAAUGACUUUAAUGUUUUCUUCGCACAUCUAGAGUUACUGAACUGGUCUCUAGCAAGAUUCUUAGGUUCCUUAAGCAAACCAAGACUAAGAAAAAGAUGCACACAGAAACAGCAAAGUGUUUCUGAAAAGGCUUGGUGAACAUGUUAUUAAACUAGAAAGCAAUCAAACUUUAGGCAACACAUUGCAAUCUGGAAAAUAGAAGUAUGGUAUGGUUGCAGUCAUCUGCAUAGUGAUAAUGUCCCAUUUAAACGAAGGUCUUAAGAAACUAGGCAGAACGGAUUCAAGAGCCAGGAGUGUCACUCCAUAAUGGCACUUACCAAUACAAACUUGAAAGGAUAUCCAUGUUUAGGUAAAUGCAACGUUGGAGAUCUGCUUACUAGAAAAUUCUCAGUUUGCAGUGAUCUGUUCUUCCAGCCUGUUAUGAAUUAUGCUCUGUACAUACUCUACAGCACUUUCCUGGAAUGCGCAAAAAAAAGCUAUCAAUGUAUAUGUAUUUGUCUCUGACUGGAAAUGUAGGACUUUAGGGAUUGCAUUACACUGUAAAAAGCAGUUUGUCAAAUGGUCUUGACAAUUACAUGUAACUUCAUUUCAAGAGUGUAUCUCUAUAAAUGAAAAUACUUUAAGGUGAAA